AUGUUGGUUGUGAACAUGGGACCAGAAGAAUCCUUCCAUUCCUCCACCAGUAAGAUGCUCAGGGGUGCACUAUGGGCACUGAUGCUAGGGGUAUCAGUGGUCAUUUAUGGCUCCCAUGCUCCUCUGAUAUCUUUGUGCAGAAUUGAUGGACGAAUCCCCUUCAGUUCCUCUUCUGUUGUCCUCCUCAUUGAAUUUUUCAAGUUGAUGAUGUCGGUGGUGAUGCUUCUGCUCUGGGAUUGGAGAACUGUGCAGCUACAAGUCUCGUGGCGACUGGCCAUUCCUUAUGCUUUGCCUGCUAUCCUGUAUGGUGCCAAUAACAAUUUAGUGGUUCACAUGCAGCACUUUAUGGACCCAAGCAGCUUCCAAGUAUUGAGUAACUUGAAGAUUGUCAGCACUGCUGUAAUGUACAGCAUCUUCUUACGCCAGAAUCUCUCCAUCCGAAAGUGGCUUGCCUUGUCCUUAUUGACAGUGGCUGGUGUAUUUUAUAGCUAUGGUGGCAUUCAGGAUCUCGAGGAACAAUCUGCUGUAACACAUCUUUAUAUCAGUCUGCAAGGCCUCCUCCUGAUGGUGAUCUACUGCUUGAUUUCUGGACUGUCUGCAGUUUAUACUGAGGCGACGCUUAAGACUCAGAAAAUCCCACUGAACCUCCAGAACAUUUACUUGUAUUCUUUUGGUAUCAUUGUCAACUUCCUGGUCCAUUUGACAGGAAGUCACAGCAGUGGUUUUCUGGAUGGGUUCUCCACUUGGGUUUUAGUUAUCAUUAUAAGCCAAGGACUCAAUGGCUUGAUAAUGUCUGCCGUAAUGAAACACAGCAGUAACCUCACCAGACUGUUCAUCAUUUCCUUCUCCAUGCUUGUAAAUGGACUUUUGUCAUACUUGCUGUUCCAGCUCCAGCUGACGUUCCUUUUCAUUUUUGCAGUUCUUCUCAUUGGCUUAGCUGUCUAUUUGUUCUAUGGCAUCAAAUGAAUGUGUCAUUUUAUCAUAAAUUUGGCAUUUACCUUUGAAUUAUCACUUACUCUUAGGCCUCAUUCAAACAUCAAUGACCUCAUCGCAGAUCUUACUGUGACCAAAGGUCUAGUGAUCUAAACUUACACAUCAAUGCACCCACAGUAUGGACAUCUGAAUAAAGCCUUAUUCUGCUU